UGCUCACCGACCCCGCUUACAAGGAGAUAGAUGUCAUGGACGACUAUGGCUUCGACGAAGAUCUUAAGGCCCGUGUUCUUGAACCCCGAGAGAGACUAAUUGCAUACCUUUUGAGUUUCAACAUCUUGCCACGAUCUAGUGACACGCAUGUGCUUCGGCGGGUGGACCUAUAUCUUAUGUACAAGAUGAUAAACGGACUUGGAGAAAUCGAGGGCAUUCCUUUGGCUCCUCUCAUCAUGACAGAAAUGAGGAGUUUUGGCGCCGACCUUACAAACGAAGAGGUGGAGUACACCACCGAAGCCCAAAUUUUGAGGCCAAGCACUAUGAUGUCCC